ACUGACCUUACGAAGGAGGAAGAAAAAUUUUACAAUUUACAGAUGCAUGAUAGCAGUAAGUUAGUUUUAUUUGGAGCUUCGCAGUGAACACCUAUCUCAUCUGAGCAGAGAGCGCCUUCAUCGGCUUCGAGUGGAAGAAAAAUCUUCAAGAUGAUACCGUUUAAACUGAUAACUGGACUGCUGCUGCUGCUGACAACGUUAUCUGUGGAUUCUGCUAACAUUCUUUGCAUUCUACCUAUUCCAAGUCCCAGCCAUCAUAUAUGGAACAGCGUUUGGAUGGAAGCACUGGUGGAGAGAGGGCACAAUUUAACAGUUAUUUCGGCCGAUAAAGAUAAAAAUAGGGAAAAUAUCAAGUACUACUGGAUGGAGACCAUAUACUCGGAUUUGGCAGAAGCUGGAGCUGUAGAUUAUGUUCAAAUGUCCAAAGAUGGCGCCUUUCAAACUGUUUUUACAUUUUUGAACUUUUUUGAAUCGUGUUGCAGGUCUAUGCUUCGUUCAGAAGGAUUGAAAGCAUUUUUGAAAAAUUCUGAACAUGAUCACUACGACUUGGUAAUGUAUGAUUUUGGAGUUGGGCCGUGUCUUCUUCCCCUGUUGCAUAAACUCAACAAUCCCCCAUUAAUCUCGAUAACUGCGUUUGGUAAUCCACCAUACUCGGUUGACGUAAUAGGAGGUCACAAGCAUUAUGCUUACACUCCUUAUUUCGGUCUGAAUUACAGCACCGAUAUGAAUUUUUUCCAGAGGGCUUAUAAUACAUUUCUUAGCAUUUUAGAAUCAGCUUACAGAAAUUACUAUAUUAUCCCCAAAGUUGACGCUAUGGCUCGUGAACACUUCAAGUAUUCCAACCUACCCCAUGUAAGGGAUCUUGAACAGCGGACUCAAGUCAUGUUGGUCAGUACAAAUCCAUCGAUGGAUGCAUUAGAGCCACUCCCUCCCAAUGUGAUAGCCAUAGGAGGCGCUCAUAUCAAAAAUCCUGAACCUCUGCCGGCGGAUCUAGAGGACUUCAUCCAGAAAGGCAAACGAGGAUCUGUUCUAUUUUCACUUGGUUCCAAUAUUCGAAGUGAUAAAAUCGGUGCCGAUCGUCAGAAAAUGUUCAUCGAGGCUUUCCGUCAAAUUCCACAGUACAAUUUUCUGUGGAAAUUCGAGUCCAACCUAGAGCUAGAUCUACCUCCUAAUGUAUUGAUAAAAAGUUGGAUGCCCCAAAACAGUGUUCUAGCUCAUCCAAAAACGAAAGCUUUUAUUACGCAUUCUGGAGGACUGAGCACACAAGAAGCUUCCUGGUAUGGAAUUCCGCUGAUAGGAAUGCCGUUUUUCAUGGACCAAUAUAAGAAUUGCUACCAAUCAGUUAAAGCCGAAGUUGCUGAGGCACUUGAUUUUCAAUCACUUUCAACUGACAAAAUAAGAGACACUGUUCUAAAGGUACUCGAGACACCCAAAUAUUGGGAAAAUAUGCAGCGGAGGUCAAAGUUUUUCCGCGAUCAACCAGAGAAGCCAUUGAAUAGAACGAUUUGGUGGGUCGAAUAUGUUCUUCGACAUGGAGAUGUCUCAUUCAUGAAAUCGCCUUCGCUUGCAUUGGGAGCCAUACAAUCGAAUCUAUUUGACGUUUAUCUGUUCUACAUAGCCUUAAUUUAUACCAUCUUUAAAGUUUUCACGAUAAUUGUAAGCCGCAAGAUAAGAAAACAAUCUAAGUUAAUAAAAACAGAUUAGAUGAAGAUCGCAUACAACUUUA